AUGAUCACUACCCAGAACGAUAAUGCGGCUGACGCGAUGGUGCCAAUUAUAGCCGGAGCUUACGGACUCGAUGGACUCGCGAGGUUCGUUCUUGAAGCUGGAAAGAGCCCAGUAAAAGACCUGCCACCACUUUAUAAAAAAUUUCAUGAUGCGCAGACAAAGUUGUGGAAGAAGAAAGGUGAAGACGAGUUGUUUUCAUUGUUAAAGUUUGAUGAGUUUGGAAAGAAGGAAACCAACUCCCCUGUUGGAGACAAGAAAACCAAACCGCUGCUUGGAGAGAAUGAAAGCCUUUUUGAUGACGAAGUCUUUCAAAUGUGGUGGAAGUUUGAAGUGGACAGAAAAAAACACCUGAUGGAUGGUGGGUUACUCCAAGACGCACCCAGCUCAACCGAACAGUGUGUUAGAGCAGUUGAAGCUGAACCAACGUGCCCCUUUGAUAGAAUCCUUGAUAAUCCGGAAGCAGACGUUUUGUUUUGGCGUUGGAAACGAGAACGGGAGGAUAAUAGAGAAAAAAGAAUUUCAAACAAGGAAGGCGACGAUCUGGCCAAAGCAAUCAUAGAAGCCCAUCCAGAUAAGAAUAUACUGGUGGCCAUAAGACUUUUCUUUAUGAAGAAAAAGACUUACUUGAUUGAUACGCGCAAAGUGUUGCUGGCGGAAUUCUAUCAACAGUUGGGAAAUAAGCACGGCUUUACGAAAUCCCUAACCAGAGAAGUUAAGAAAGAGCUGGCGAAGAACGAGGUUAUUUAUACACCACAGAAGAAAUGUGAUGAUUGGAUUGUAAAUGAAAUUGCGAAUGGUGUUGAAAACAACUAG